AAGAGUUAAAGAGAUGUGGAAAGGAGCUUCUGAGCUGCCAUGGAUCCACCUUCAGAGAGAUGCGGCGCCUGCCUCCUCACACAGCUGACUGGGAAACACAGGUAGUCUGUCCGAACGGGCUGUCGGCAUACUUGUUGAUCUCCUGGAGAAACAGCGGUGCGAUAUGCGGAGCAGGAAGCCGGCGGGGAGGCAGUAGAUCGUGCUGAGGAGGAUCUCUCUGCCAUGUCGGAGGCGGCAGAGGAGGGGGAAAUGGAUUGGGUUAGACCCUGGCAAUAGUAAACCAAUAACGGCGCCUCCUUUUUUUCAAAAAAAAAAAAAAAAAAAAAAAAAAAAAAUGCUACUGCUUCAUCUCCCGUUUGUGCCAGCGGUUGAUCGUUCACAGAGCGGUGCGUGCUGGUUUGAUUCAGUGCAGGAUGACAACAACUCACUACGAUACAAUAAUGAAAGAAAACAGGAAAAACUGUAGUCCAUAGCCCUGGAUGUUUGCUUCCUUCCUCGAACCUAAAGUCAUCAUGGAGAAAUCCUUGACGGAGUUAAACAAAGCUGGCUCUCGCUCAACAUCAUCCCUGCCACCUGAACCGGUGGACAUCAUUCGCAGCAAGUCAUGUUUUCGCAGAGUCCGGCUGAAUGUUGGGGGUCUCCCACAUGAAGUCUUGUGGCGAACGUUAGAUAGACUACCACGAACACGUCUGGGAAAGUUAAGAGAUUGCAACACCCAUGAAUCUCUGAUGGAAGUGUGCGAUGACUACAACCUCGAGGAGAACGAAUACUUUUUUGACCGACAUCCAGGGGCGUUCACGUCAAUUCUGAACUUCUACCGCACGGGUAAGCUGCACAUGAUGGAAGAGAUGUGCGCCCUGUCGUUUAGUCAAGAACUUGACUACUGGGGCAUUGAUGAGAUCUACCUGGAGUCAUGUUGCCAGGCGAGGUACCACCAGAAAAAGGAGCAAAUGAAUGAGGAGCUGAAAAGAGAGGCUGACAAUAUGAAAGACAGAGAGGGAGAAGAAUUUGACAACACUUGCUGUGCUGAAAAACGAAAGAAGCUUUGGGACCUCCUGGAAAAGCCCAGCUCAUCUGUUGCAGCAAAGAUCCUUGCCAUCAUCUCCAUCCUCUUCAUCGUGCUAUCCACCAUUGCCUUGUCUCUGAACACCCUUCCAGAGCUGCAGGACACAGAUGAGUUUGGCCAGUCUUCAGACAACCCACAACUGGCCCAUGUGGAAGCUGUAUGUAUUGCCUGGUUUACCAUGGAGUACCUGCUUCGCUUCCUCUCCUCACCCAACAAGUGGAAGUUCUUUAAGGGUCCUCUGAACGUCAUUGACCUGUUGGCCAUCUUGCCCUACUACGUCACCAUCUUCCUGACAGAAUCCAACAAAAGUGUACUACAAUUUCAGAAUGUCCGUCGCGUAGUUCAGAUAUUUCGGAUCAUGCGUAUCCUGCGUAUUCUAAAGCUGGCGCGUCACUCCACAGGUCUUCAGUCUCUGGGUUUCACUCUUAGAAGGAGUUACAAUGAGCUGGGCCUGCUCAUCCUUUUCCUGGCCAUGGGCAUCAUGAUCUUCUCCAGUCUGGUGUUCUUUGCUGAGAAGGAUGAGGAGGAUACAAAGUUUAAAAGCAUUCCAGCUUCUUUCUGGUGGGCUACUAUUACUAUGACCACAGUAGGCUAUGGGGAUAUCUACCCAAAAACUCUACUGGGGAAGAUAGUGGGGGGUUUGUGCUGCAUAGCUGGAGUACUGGUGAUUGCCCUACCUAUUCCCAUUAUUGUAAAUAACUUCUCUGAAUUCUACAAGGAGCAGAAGAGACAGGAAAAGGCACUUAAACGAAGGGAAGCCCUAGAGAGGGCAAAGAGAAAUGGUAGCAUUGUCUCCAUGAACUUGAAAGAGGCGUUUGCUCGUAGUGCAGAACUGAUGGAUGUGGUGGUGGAGAAGAGUGAGAGGCCUCAUGACAACCACCUCUCUCCAAGCCGUUGGAAAUGGACCCCAAAGAGGGCGGCAUCAGAGACAAGCUCAAACCGUUCCUUCAAUGCCCAGGAGUUAGGCUCUCCCAACAAGGCCCGGGCCACCAGUCCCCAGAGGCUAAAUGUUCAGAAGCUAGAGGAGAUGUACAACCAGAUGGCCAAGACACAAUCCCAGCCAAACCUCAAUGCUAAAGACAGGGGCUCCAGAGUUGGCAAACAGAGGGAUGAGAUAGAGCUUGGGGCUAUCCAAGAUCAUGGGCAACCCGUGCUAGGAACCAGAGAAGGCGUGGGGGAUAUGAAAAGCUUGUCCAGCAUUGACAGCUACAUCAGUUGUGCUACAGACUUCCAGGAGAAUCCACGCUUCCCCCAUAGUCCAGCAAUGGACCUUGGUCUUCAGGAAAGUAACCGGUUCUCCCACAAUCUGGCUACAGCCUUGUCCCAGCACAGCAGCGCAAAAGGCCAGCAGGCCACUGCGGAGCGUGAGCCCAUGCUGACUCCCAUGUCUGUCACAAAGCCCUCAUAUUCAGAGAAUGCACGGAAAUUCUUCUUUUCUGGCAACACCUCAAAAAACCUUAUCCCGAAAGGAGGCUGUCGUAGUGAUGGGGAGUCAGGCCCUUCCCCGCUCUCAGACAGCUCAGUCCUGUCAGACCACUCUCUGUUAAGCCCUGAAGUUUCUGUGUACACCACUGCCAGCAGCAGAACCCCACCAAAGUCCCCAGACAGCACUACCCUGGCCCCAACUGUCUUCACCUUCCACGACUCCUCCAUCAGCAAAUACAUUGACGCUGAUACAGACGAUGAUGAGCACCUCCGCGACGUCUCUGACACCAGUCCCUCAGAGCGUCUUUUGGCUGGUUCAAGCCCAAAACGCAGCAUCAACAUCAAUUACCAGAAAGGCACCAAUCACUUAGAAGCAGCCCAAAAAAUGCUGGGCCAGAACUGUCUGUUCCCCAUUGAAGGGAUUCGUGGGGUAGCUCAUGAGAAUCACAUAGGACCUGACAUGACACGUAGACCAAAGGUUGAGAGGGGGCGUCAAAAUACUUCGGAUAAAAACCUCUGAGGUACAAGUGGAACAGAAAUAAACAGAAAGCUUUGGCCCGAGUGUUUGUGAUGGAGACACCAGACAGACUAAAAACAUGCUAUACGCCAGAGACAAAGGAUGAGGGAGAGACAAAGGGUCUCACAGAAACAUUUUAAAUUACAAAGUACCUGAGCAUGCCAAUGGGCGUUAAGCUCAGGGUGAACAUGUGUGGUGAAUACUCUGGGAGAAAAACACUUCUAAAUUGGAGAAUGUCACUGCCCCUCCUUCAACUCAUUCCUAUUACCGGUAUUACACACCCACAAAACAAAAGAGCACUCCCAGGUAGCCAACUGGUCUGCUCAGAGACCCCUGUGGAAGCAGAGAAGCUGAGAGAGUGGUUAUAACUGGUGUAACCCAACUGAAUGAUGGUUUCGUUGCCGGGGGUCAUCUCUAUAUUCUCCAGGGAAAAAAUCCCAGCUGCCCACUAUCCCAUUACUGAGUCCCAGUUCAUUUUGUAGUCUUGGAGAUACAGGAGAGGACCUAGAAGCCUAUAAGCUACUUACUUGUGCCCUCCAUUCCCAAAACUGGCCUUAGUCAUCUCCAUUUCUAGGGGUGCGCAUGGCUGCAUAUAAGUGUGUGAGCAUGUGUGUGAGUGAGUGUGAAUGUGGAUGGGUGAUCUGAUGGUAAUUCAUGUAUACACACUCUUGAGAUUGUCUUACCUGAUUUAUUUUUAUAUAGAUAAGAGAAAGUUCCUUAUAGAAAUAUGUGGUUUGCUAGUCUGCUGUGUCAUAAUCAUAUGUGAAGAGUAAUCCUGUAUGAGGUUCAAUGUCUUGGCACAGAGGCUACAGUUAUCGGAAGCUCUAGUCCACCGUCCAUUAUAAUGAGCGCUCUUUAUUGAACAGUAUUUUGCCAACUGCUAUGUUAUCAUAUCAUGGUGAGAAUGGAUGACACUUUCAGAUCUUGACCAGUAAAUAAUGUCUUAGCACCUCAGUAUCAUUUUUAAAGGAUGGUAGUGGACCAAGAUUUUUUUUUAUAUGGGCUAACAUAACAGCCAGAAAUAAUAAGCUUGCUGCAUAAAGCGCACAUUUAUGAAGCAUGCAUGUGCCCAACCAGUCAACGUAUAAAAACAUGAUACGCUUUUAGAAAUAAAUAUAUGAAAAUCCUCUAAUAUAGUUUUCUUUUUAUGUUUACAGCAUAUGAUUACUGACAAAGUUUAGAUUUCAUUAACAGAUGUUCAGCAUGCAUUGGCCUUCCUUUGACCAACAUGAAAGCAGCCAAAGAGAUCACACAUUCAGUUGAUGGAAUAUGCAUGUAUUUGACACAGAAAGAUGGAGAGUUUUUCAUCUCUAUUUUGUUCCUUAAAUUGUUAACAUAAACUGUAAUAGUACUGAAUAUACACAGGCAGAUUAACUUUAGUAUAAGUCAGUUGUUAAUGCUCAACAUGAUAAAACCCAUGCAUGAGCACACACACUCCUACUAAGGAUACAUGCAGGUAUGGAAGACAAUCUUAGGAUAGGUACACUUAGUUUCCAUGGUGACAGCAGCCGCCUCAAAGGCUGGCAACAGCUCUGCAAUGGUUUGUUAAUUGGGGCGGUAAGGUCUGGUUGCAUGUAACGUAUGUUUAACACUUAUGCAAAAACACACAUACAGACACACAGACACACACACACACACACACACACACACACAACACAGGCAUGUACCCAUAAAGUGACAGGUAUGCACAGUAGUCACAUGCUAGCAGAUCCACUCCUCACUGUGCAUAUUUAUGAGUAGUGUGUAAAAGCAACAUUAUGAUGUAAGGACCUUGUACAUUGUUAUGUUUAUGUCUAAAAUCUCUGUAGCAUCCCAUAAAUACUACAAUUCCCCACAAUGCAUUCUCUAUUAUCUGUUUAUAAUGCCACAUAUCACAGAAAUCUUACACUUAAUUGUAACUGUUAAAACGACAUAUUACAAGAAUGACCACACACUUCACACAGAUUAUAGAGGGACACAAGUGCUGAAUAUCUACAGUAAGUAAGUAAUACACCCAUAUAGACAACCCAACAUGACCAGAGUUAAUACAAAAACUUAAAAACCUACUGUUCACCAUUCCUUCCUCAACCCCAUGGCAUCUAAAUUAAAAUGUGAAGAUAAAAUAUUUUUGUAAUGUAAGCAGUUAUGUGAUCACAACUUUCUCCAAUGUUAAUGAGAUGAGUGAAGAAGAACCUCACUCCAAACCAAACAAAUUCUAAAAGAAUGUGAACCAAACUGUAAAAUAUUGGUAUAAGAUGCACAUAAAAGAGGUCAUUAUGAAUGUAGGCGUUGAGUAAAAUUUGAUUCAAAAGUCAGCAGAAGGUGAUCUACAUAAUAUUUUUAGUGUUGUGGUUAAGUCUAAUCACAAACCCUGAUUUCAUUUCCUGUUUUAAUCACAGAGUUGAACCAUUUCAUAUUGCUCUCCCAUAGUGAGAGAAGCAGAGGUGUGAAAGGAAUAGCAAUGACUGUGAGAGGCAGAGGGAACCAUGCAUGUGUGUAUAAGUGUGUGUGUGACUGUAAAGCCAGGGCAUUAGAGCAGUGGGGCUGCUGCUUAAUGGAACAAAAUGAACUGUUUCCGAUAUGAAUGUAUGCAUGUCGGGGAAAUCCUGCUUUUGUUUUCUCCAUAUUUUAUCUGCAGUUCUGAUUCCACAUGCAGAUGUAACACAGAUUGUAAUACCAACGGAUCUACAAUGGUAUACGAAAUUAUGAUCACUUUAGCACAUUUAAUAUUUGAAGUGCAGCUUCAUUUACAACUGUCAAGAGAGGGAUGGGAGGAGCAUUUUAUGAAUCUCAUUUAGCACGCAUCAUAUAAUUUGGCAAAGAUGGAUGGUUUGAGCUGAUGACUAAUUAAUUUUAUGCAGCGUCAUAGUGUCAGCUCAAAUUCACUUUGUAUCACAACAUUCCCUUUUCUGUAUUUAUGAAAUUUCUAAUCAUUGUCCGUUGUUGCACAUAAAGUAUCUGCUAAUAUUAGUAAAGUUCACAAAAAAUAAAUAUGAUCAUGCAAAAGGGUUUAAAAAUAUAAACUUAGAUAUCAUCUGCAAAGAGAUGUUCCCAAAUUAAAUGAUUUUAUUUUUAAAAUGAUAAAAAACAUUUGGCUGCAGAUAUUUAACAUUCUUCAGAUAGCCUCUGAUGAUAUUCAGAAUUAAUUAUUUUUAAAUGACUGCUCCUUUGGUUAUAGUUAUACAUCAAUUAUUUUCCCAAUAAACAUGUAUAAUUCUCUCUAACACAUUAUGAGGUCGAAGUGGCACAGAUUAAAUUAUACAAUGAAAACAUGAUGAACUUGCAAGCUUGGUCAAUCCGCUUCUUUUCUCUUGUUUAGAUGACAUCAGUAUUAACAAGAGAAACAUUUGGUUCAAGUUGGAUGUUAACUUUUCAUUACAUCUUUAUCUCAUUUAAAGUCAAGGCCAAUGUAUGCCAAACAUUUCAACUAUUUUUACCCUGUUAUACCUAGAUGUCCAUGGAGAUUUCAAAAUGUUUUCUUAAAUAGUGACAUGUCCUUCUGAGUGUAUUACAUAAUUAAAAAAUUGGAUCAUUAAGUUUAAAUUCUUCAAGACAAAGGGCAUUCAGCUCACACAACCUCUCAUGAAGCAUCAUGUGAGCCUCUGUCCCAUCAUUUAGGUUUUCUAUAUUAUGGUAGUCAGGGACCAUUUUUCAUUGAAAUAUUUCUCAACAAUGAUGACAAUCAAUAUUCCACGAACAGGCAGCAAGCACUGUAGAGAACUGAGAUUUAUUAUGGGAAAAUAUCACACAAUUACCCAUGUGUAUACACACACAUAAACACAAGUAUUGAAAUCCAGUAAUGAUAAUCUUAAGCUUUUAGAAAAGGUAGUGCAAAAAAACAUCAAGCAUGGUGUUGUGAUUUUACCUAGACUGUAAUACUGUGACAUGAUACCACAAUAACACAAAAAAAUCUUCAUUUAUCUUUACAAGUCAUUUUUGUUUUAUUUUAUUUGGAUACUUUACUCCCCUCCAUCUCCAAGGGAGCCCUCAAAUUAAUGAAAUCUAAUAGUAUAAAAGAGCUUUUCAUUUCACUGAGAUCCCUGUGGAGAAAUUCUGAUGUGAAUCAAAGGACUAAACUAUCGUGCUUUAUGAAGAAAACACACUCAAGUGACUUGUUUUAUUUCUCAUUUAUUGAUACAAAUUCAGAUGAAGAGCACAGUUUUCUCAAACUUUUCCACAAGACUCCCCACUGUACAGAAAUGCAUUUAGUUAAAACUUAAAAUAGAAUUUGGUUGUUGCGCCAGCUGCUAAAUUUAUCUGUAAAGAGGUUAAAGUCUUUUUCAUUUUUGUUAAAACCCCAUAGGACCCUUUUCAAGGACAUGUGGUAGUUUCCAAAACCCAGUGAGAAGCACUGCUUCAGCAAGUAGCCCAAUUCCACAUACUCUGAAUCUAACACUGUAUUACAGGGUUGGGGUCGAUUCAGGAUGCCUUGAUAGAGUAAAACACACAUCACACAUGGCACUAUAAAAGGAACCAGUAUUAGAGCAUGAGAAAUUAAAAACUAGUACAAAUUCAAAACAUAAACUAUAUUUUUUCUACGCCGUAAGCUCUCAGUGGAAUUGACCCCAACCUUGCCUAAGCCAUCAGUCUUUGUAAAGUACACUGUUUCCAGGGAAUUGAAAAAAAAAAAGAUAUUUGAACGACCUUAGCCAGCUCUUAUACAAUGUUGUUUGUAGGUCCCGAGGCUGUCUGUUUUGUAAAAAAAAAAAAUAAUACAAAUUUUUACCUGUUGACUUUCUAUGCUGUUGUUUCUGUAUAAAUGUUCUAUUGUUCAGUGCAUGUUGUAACUUUGGCGUUGUGACUGGUUGUGAUUCACACAGAGCCAGUACUUGUCAUGUAAGAAAAAAGUGUCUCAAUGUCUCAAGAUAUUUCUAUUUCUUAAGAAAAGCAACCUUUCCCUUGGAUGACUCAAAAUGAAAUAAAUCAGAUCACUUUACAUUUUGA